AGGCCGGGCAGUGCCGAAGGCUGAGGGGGCGGAGAGGCCGGGCGGGCGGGAGCUGCGGGACGGUGAGCGCAGCGGACAGGGGCGGAGCCGGAGCCCGAGCCCGAGCCGGAGCUGGAGGCGACGGGAGGCGGCUGCACUCGGACCUGGGAGCCCGCGCACUGCUUGCAAUUCGCACCUGAGGAGCCUAGAAAGAUUGUGCCAUGAAUGGUGAUACUCGGGCCGCAGUGGUGACCUCACCACCCCCAACCACAGCCCCUCACAAAGAGAGGUACUUCGACAGGGUGGAUGAGAACAGUCCAGAAUACCUGCGAGAGAGGAACAUGGCACCAGACCUUCGCCAGGACUUCAACAUGAUGGAGCAAAAAAAGAGGGUGUCCAUGAUUCUGCAAAGUCCCGCUUUCUGUGAAGAAUUGGAAUCAAUGAUACAGGAGCAAUUCAAGAAGGGCAAGAACCCCACAGGCCUGCUGGCGCUGCAGCAGAUUGCAGACUUCAUGACCGCGAAUGUGCCGAAUGUCUACCCAGCAGCCCCCCAAGGAGGGAUGGCAGCCCUGAACAUGAGUCUUGGUAUGGUGACUCCUGUGAAUGACCUUAGAGGAUCUGAUUCGAUUGCCUAUGACAAAGGGGAGAAAUUAUUGCGGUGUAAAUUGGCAGCAUUUUACAGACUAGCAGAUCUCUUUGGAUGGUCUCAGCUUAUCUACAAUCAUAUCACAACCAGAGUGAGCUCCGAGCAGGAACACUUCCUCAUCGUCCCCUUUGGACUUCUCUACAGUGAAGUGACUGCGUCCAGUCUGGUCAAAAUCAAUCUCCAAGGAGACAUCAUAGAUCGUGGAAGUACUAAUCUAGGAGUGAACCAAGCUGGCUUCACGCUACAUUCUGCGAUUUACGCUGCACGGCCGGACGUGAAGUGUGUUGUGCACAUUCACACACCAGCCGGCGCCGCGGUCUCUGCGAUGAAAUGUGGCCUCUUGCCGAUCUCUCCAGAGGCCCUUUCCCUCGGAGAAGUGGCUUAUCAUGAUUAUCAUGGGAUUCUGGUUGAUGAAGAGGAAAAAGUUUUAAUUCAGAAAAAUUUGGGGCCUAAAAGCAAGGUCCUUAUUCUCCGGAAUCAUGGGCUCGUGUCUGUUGGCGAGAGCGUCGAGGAGGCCUUCUAUUACAUCCAUAACCUGGUAGUCGCAUGUGAGAUCCAGGUUCGAACCCUGGCCAGUGCUGGAGGGCCAGACAACUUAGUGCUCCUGGAUCCUGGGAAGUACAAAGCCAAAUCCCGGUCUCCAGAGUCCCCGGCGGGCGAGGGCACCGGGUCUCCUCCCAAGUGGCUGAUUGGCGAGCAGGAGUUUGAAGCCCUCAUGCGGAUGCUCGAUAAUCUGGGUUACAGAACUGGCUACCCUUACCGAUAUCCGGCUCUGCGAGAGAAAUCUAAAAAGUACAGCGAUGUGGAAGUUCCUGCUAGUGUCACAGGUUACUCCUUUGCUAGUGACGGUGAUUCGGGCACUUGCUCUCCUCUCAGACACAGUUUUCAGAAGCAGCAACGAGAGAAGACAAGGUGGCUGAACUCUGGCCGGGGUGACGAGGCCUCUGAGGAAGGGCAGAAUGGAAGCAGCCCCAAGUCGAAGACUAAGGUGUGGACGAACAUUACACACGAUCACGUGAAACCCUUGCUGCAGUCUCUCUCGUCCGGUGUCUGCGUGCCAAGCUGUAUUACCAACUGCUUGUGGACUAGAGAGGAUGGACACAGGACUUCCACCUCUGCUGUCCCUAAUCUGUUCGUCCCGCUGAACACCAACCCCAAGGAGGUCCAGGAGACGAGGAACAAGAUCCGGGAGCAGAACUUACAGGACAUUAAGACGGCCGGCCCCCAGUCCCAGGUUUUGUGUGGUGUAGUGAUGGACAGGAGCCUCGUCCAGGAUGCCCCCCUGUCUGACUGUACGGAGACAAUCGAAGGGCUCGAGCUCCCAGAGCAGACCUUUAGUCCUGCUAAGUCUGUGUCUGUUAGAAAGGGGGAGCUGGUGACGGCCUCCAAGGCCAUCAUUGAGAAGGAGUACCAGCCCCACGUCAUCGUCAGCACCACGGGCCCCAAUCCCUUCAACACACUCACCGACCGAGAGCUGGAGGAGUAUCGCCGGGAGGUAGAGCGGAAGCAGAAGGGCCCCGGAGAGAGUCUGGAUGGCACCGGAGAGCAGAAAGAGAGCAGUCUCCCGGAGCACCCUGCUGCCCCCCACACUCCUCCCAGCACCCCCGUCAAGCUGGAGGAAGACCUGCCACAGGAGCCCACUUCCGGAGACGACAGUGAUGCCGCCACCUUUAAGCCGACUCUCCCUGACCUGUCCCCUGAUGAGCCUUCAGAAGCGCUUGGCUUCCCGACAUCGGAGAAGGAGGAAGAGGGCCUUUGUGAAGCCCGUGGCCCUCUAAACCCCACCAGGUCCUCCACGGUGGCCAGCCCCGAGCCAGCCCCAGCCCAAGUGGUUGAAGAGGCCGCCUCCCCAGCUGCCGAUGACCCCGGCAGCGAUGAGUCUCCAGGCAAAUCCCCGUCCAAGAAGAAGAAGAAAUUCCGUACCCCCUCCUUCCUGAAGAAGAGCAAGAAGAAAGGCGACUGCUGAAGGCCCGUCUCGCACAGACCGAUGCCACCAGACUGUCCCCGAUUGUGUCCUGUGUUGUCUUCUUGUGUGAUGGAAUGCAAACAGCCCUCCCCUCGUGUAGCUAGAGCUCCCGCCCCGCCAUGACCAGCCCCAUGUAGACGGCGCUAACGUGCGCACGGACGCCCCUCCUGGGCCCUCAGCCUCAGGUCCCAGGGGAGGCCUGGUCACGUCCACCUCCGCGCCCUCUCAGUCUGCUCCUCAGUGACGCACUCUCCCUGGGGCAUUAAGUCAUGGUUCUGGCUGGAUGGUCAGAGGCCCUGCGGGUCUGGCCUUGACCUCUCUUGCUCUCCUGCAGUGAAGUAACCCAUGCUGUCUCUGCUAGGCUCCCCUUUACCCCAAGGUCUCAGGUGACUGAGUCGGGUGUUUCCUGCUGGCACCAUCUGCUCAGUGAUCUCACUUUGUGUACAGAGCCUCGGUCCUGUGAAAACACCCAUGUGCCUGCCAAGGGCCCACGGCACCAGGACGGCCUUCAAGAGGCAGGUUUGAGCGGAGCUGGAAAGCCUGCAGCAGACAGGCCUGUGUGCACCCACUGCAGCCUGUGCACGGUCUAACCGAUUCCCCCACAGCCAACCCAGUCAGGGCUCCGCUUCUCUGCCGGCUCUAGAGUCCUGUCAUGGGGAAGGUGCAUCAGGAGGGGAAGAGUCCUUUCUAGCAUUUUCUUCCAGCAGAUUUGCAGUUCACCCUACAUUUCUGACUGUGAACGUGAAGGGCCACUUUUUGCUUUAGUUCGCUCAAGGGCCUGCUGCAGACUGCUGUAGAACAGUGUUCCUGUUUGAGGGGAGAUUUCACUACUGAGAAGGAUCUACUCUCCCUUAACUCAGCCUGAGACACCCUGGUUUUGGUAAAGGGUAGCUCAAGGCAGAAGCCGGCCCUGGUGGUCCCCACGUGACAUCGUGCCCCGUCACUCGUGGAGCCCUCACUUGCUCUCCUUUCCUCACCGGUGUGAAUUUUCCCGUAACUCAGAUCCCUGGAAAAUAGCGUAAAGCUGCUUAGUGGGAACUAGCUGGUGGCCCCAUGGACUCCUCAAAGUGACCCGUUCUAUUCUAGAGCUGCCUGGUGCCAGCCCAGUGCGGGCAAGCCUGCCUGUCCUUUAGACCGGCCCCCUGGGGAGUGGGGAGGGGCCCUUGGUGGACCCACAGACUGGACACCCAAGCGGGACCUGAGGCUGGCUGCAUGGCCCCGAACACUGCUUCGAGCUUACUGACAAGCAAGCUGCUUCUCUUGUGUAUCAUUUUGUCACCAAGGUAUGUUCAAGUUCCCACCAUCACCCUGUCCUUGAGUUAACCAUGGACUCUUCCUUUGCCCCUCCUUUCUCCCACAUAUGCAAUGACUUUAAUUUCCCUUUUGUAGUUUAUUUUAACCCUUUGUAUUACAACAUGAAGUAUAGUCGCAUAUAGGGACACAGGCUUACAAGGCAGCCCUGCAUCCUUUCUUCAUUGUAACACGUUUUACUCACAAAUAAAGUUCUUUCAGCAGUU